AUGUGUCUGUCUCGCGUCGAUCGAUUAAUUCUAUUUAUGCAAAAAACUUGUCUCAUUCGAAUUUGGGUUUUUCUGCUCACUGUCAGUCAAACAGCCGCUGCCAAAGCCACAGACUCGGCUUCGUUCAUUGUCAACCCAAGUCGACAGUUUCACCAUCGCGAUCGACGCAAAAUAAUUGACAUCAUGGCAGCUCAUGAACCAAUAGAAGUGGAAGACGACGAGGAGUCGAUUGACGAAGAGCAAUUAGAGGAUUACGAAGACAUGGUGGAGCAGCUAGGAUCCUUCCCUGACAAGGUCAAGAUAAAUAGUCUUUCCAUGGUUGCCGAGGAUCACGCUGAUUCCAAAAAAUCGGCUAUGGCGAUAUACAACACAAUUCGCAAACAGCUGCUUGGUACGAGUCAGGACAAAAUGCUCCCGUUGGUAUACGUUUUGGAUUCCAUUUUGAAAAACGCCAAGGGAGAGUACAUUCCUAUUGUAGAAGACGAUGCCGCGAACUGGAUUCCUGAGGUCCAUCGUAGGCUACAUGAUUCGGAACGAAUAAAGCUUCAAAAGGUCUGGAGGACCUGGAGUGAAUUCAAGAUUUUUUCAACUGAUCACUUGAGAGCCAUGGGGUUGUGCUUCGAUGAACGUGUAAGCGAUAAAGCAAUUGGAUCUAGUGCAGCAAAAGUAGCGGGAAUCAGUCGAACGAAAGACGGGAGUUUACUUUUGCCUUCUUCCCUCCGGCGGGAAAUGCAGAAUGUUCUGGACGACAUGCAGAACGAUAUUCAAAACGAACUCGACAAAGUGUCACUAGAACGUUUAGCCGAAUUGAACCCUGACUUGUUGGCUAAUAUCAAACAAAUUGCUGAAGAUGCGAUACGGCAUGGAUCGGGUGGCUCCAACGCAAACGACACCUCAAGUACAUCAUCGAUCCUUCCAGCCUUUUUCGCCGAAACGCGCCCGCAAGAUGUCCUCGACCAAUCCAAAGCUUGGAGUGAACUGAGUUGGAACCCGCUAGAGGGCUCGCACGACGUCGUAUCAAGACUACAACAGCUAGUACGUGAAGGGGCGUCGCCAGAUGUUUGCUAUACUCGGACUGAAGUCAUUGCCAUGACUGAUUACCUAGCGACGGCAUCUGCAACCGCUUCAUUGGUGACAGCCGCUAUGGAAAGACUGCAAAAUCAGGCAGACCGCAAAGAAAACAAGUCGAAUCUUUCGUUUCCUGGUGUAGACGCUGCAGUUGGAAGCAGUAUGCCAGUUGGUGGCUUUGCAAUAGAUAAAAGCUUGUUUUCCAACGACGGCAUCAAACAGAAAAACGCGGCCGUAGUAAGCAUAUUAUACGAAGUCGGUCUACCAUUCAUGAGCUCCGCUGAUGGUCGUCGCUUUCGGACGCAGCUGGAACUGUCCAAACACUUGGAUGCGUUGUUUAAACGGAAUCAGCUAGAGAAAGCUAUGGCUCGUACCGAAGAGCGUGGCUGGUACGCCACUGACCUCGUUUGGACGUUUGCAACGAAAGAGAAAGAUCUGCAGACUACUGAAGUAAAAGAACAAAGUACUAUCGGUGCCACCACGACCGGAGACGAGUUUGACCCCGAUAACAGCACCGUACCUGCCGACGAGAUGCGGGAUCGAUGCGUCAUUUGUGGAAUCAACUUUAAAAUGUUUUUCGACAACGAGGAGGGCAUGUACAAAUAUAGCAAUUGUCGUGAAAUCGAAGUGCUAAAUGAUGAAGUAGUCGUGAACGAUUCCGAGCUAAUGCUCGUACAUAUUACCUGCUGGCGAGGUCUCGGUUCUCCCGAAGUCUUGACGAUGGAUCAAGCAUUACAAGAAACAAUCGUCAACUUAAAGUUGUAAUAUAAAAGAGCACCCUUUUAUUACUUUUUUC